AUUAGGGUGAUAAUUUAAUGUCAGAUUGUGAUAUUAGAUUGUAGAGAACAAAACAAAAAAGUGUUGAAUCCUGAAGAAAUUGAGAGAUGAGGAAUAUGCUUCGCGUCUUGCCGGGUCAAUGUGGAGAAGUAUAGUACCUUAUAAAAGAUUACCCAAACAAAAGCGUAGCCUAAAUCAUUCACGCCUUUAAAUAUCCAGUGUAAUAGGGAUGGAUGUCUGUCUGCAGAUAGUUUAACAAGGGAAAAACUAAUUAUGACAAACAAAAUUAUGGUACACAUUCCGUGAAUGAGAGAGAAACUGAGGAAGGAAAUUUAGGGUUAAAAAACAAGUAAAUGGGCUUCCUUAUGGUCCUAACUAUAAUGAUACUGCUUCUUCAAGCAUUCUUUUUAAUCUGGGCAUAUGAAAAGAAGAGAAAAAUGUCUCCUUGGUCGUUAAUUUAAAUAUUGCAAUAAUUGAACGGAUAACAUGAAUAAUGACAUCAUGCGUGUGUAUGAAUGAGGAGUUGUAAUUAUGGAAGGAAAAUUUAACUGAUAAAGGUGUCGGGAGAUAUUUUCUUUUUGCUGGGGUUCAGUCGAAUGUGGUCCAAAGUUUUGAAAGGAGAGCAAGCAAGGGAACAGACAAAUUAUACUAAAAGGAAGUUGAUGCUAUCAUUUUGUAUUAGGUCUGAAGGCCAUUGCAACCAUUUCUUUUUUAUGAACCAUCCUGUUUUCUAUAUAAAAGCUUUUCAUCUUUCAACUACAUCACUUAAACUCAUCAGUGACAUAUAACUUAAUGAAGGCAUGAAGAUACAAGUCUGAGUUCAAAAUUUCCUACAAAGAAGACUCAACUGUGUAGCACUCGUUCAAAGUUCUUUUGCUCAGAGGCUAAGUAGAUUACCGAUGGAGAAGCUUGUUAGGUCCUGCGACAAAGAAUACAUGAGAAUGGCCAUGUUAAAACACGAAGAAACCUUCAAAGAGCAGGUAUAUGAACUACAUCGUUUGUACCGAAUUCAGAAGAUACUGAUGCAAAAUAUGGAAGCCAGAAGAGGUGUUGAAGUAAGCCAAGAAGAGUGGUACUUCAAGAAUGCGAUUAGUUUAACUCAUAAUGGAGCACAAGAAAAGCCUCAAAUGAAAUUUGACCUUGAACGGCCAGCAGAGGAGCACAUUGCAGAAUCAGAAGAUGGGGUGCUAGAGAUCAUAGAUGAGACUGAGAUUGAGCUAACAUUAGGCCCCUCAAGUUACAACCGUAGGAAGAAAGUCGAGACACCACUAACUUCAGAUUCAGGACACAGCUUGUCUUCUUCUUCUAGUGGAUCAAGCCGUAUAAACAAGACAAGGUGUCAUGGCAGUCAUACCACAAGAGAAGAAUCAAGUGGAAGCAUAAUUCGCCUAGUCCAGAUGCCCGGUUCAAACCCAGGGUGCCAAAGUGGAAUUAGAAACAGUUUUGAUGUAGAAGAACAAUUAAGACAAGAGAAAUUAAAACAGUCACCUUGGCUUUUUCAAGUGUUGAAUCUGAACAUGACUUGAAAAGAAAAAUCUGUGGUCAAUGUGAUAUAUUUUAUGUUUAUGUUUCAAAAGUUAAGACUAACUUUUGUGGAUGAUGUUUGUGUUGAAUGUUCAGCCGAAUUAUUGAGUGUGGUGGGAUUUGAUGUGUCUAUCGUAUGAUCGAUUUUUUCCCUGA